AGCUCUGCGCUCCUCCAAUGCCACGUCGUGCAGCUCUGGCACGCUGCUGGUUUGUAGCAAUUCUAGAUCGGCACGUGCGACAAUGGGCGAACGAUUGGCGACCCGUGGCGCCCAGGAACUCGUCACUCGGCAUCUGCUGUUGGCAGGCAGUGCAUGUCUUGUCGGCGAUGUCUAUCCUGCUUUCGGGUUGGCGAGCUCGAGUCCUAGAGCGCUGCUUGUUCCUGGCCGUUCGCGAUCGGCAUGCGCGACAGUUCUCGAGAUGUUGACGUCCAGUCGCACUCAGAAAUUCUUCAAGGGGUUUCUGCUGGCUACAGAGCGCGCAUCUCCUCAAAACUACUGAACUACUCUGUUGAUCCAUGGAUGCUGCGGCGCAGGGUCUCACAGACAGACUAUGGCCUUCAAAGCCGAAAAGAAAAGGGAGAGAAAGAGUCGGAG